AUGUCGCUGGCUGACUGUUGGCAGCCGCCAACCCAAUCGAUCGAAAGUGACAAAGUCAGGCCAGCAGACGGCGCUGACCUCACCGCCACGGCGAACGACGGCUCUCAUUCGCUGGAUAUCAAGGCGGAUGCACACGAGGGCAGUGAGGGCGGGAGAAUACACACCACGGAUGCUCCUGCGCUCCAGUUUUUGGCAAGGCGCCGCCGCGCAGUCGGCGGCUUGCCCGAUUCGGAACGCGGAUGCAGGGCGCGCCUCGUCACGUUACCGCGUCGCGCGCCGGCCACGUCCUGCGGCUUGAUCGUCUUGCCCCUCGACCGUCUUGCACACUUGCUGUAA